AUGCGCGACCCGUCGGCAUACCAGACGGUAUUGCAGUCGCCAGUCGGCUUGCAUUACCUCGGCGUUUCCAACCAUCCAAGUCAGCGUCAACCACUGUGCCGCAAUGUCGAAGGAUGGGGUCCCAUCAGCCCUUUUCGCUAUGACUUUACGCCCUGCUUCCUCGAUGUUUGGAUAGCUUCCGUCUCUGCUUUUGGUCUCAUCUUCGGAGCCGGUGCCAUCUACUAUCUGUUCAAGAAAUGCAGCCCCCAGCCCGUCAAGCAAGAUUGGCACUUCUACACAAAGUUGUCCGUUCUCGCCGCCCUUUGCGCCACUACCGUCCUCCAGGCCAUCUUCCAGAUUGUCAACUUUGGUAAUGUCUGGGCUGGCGACUUCCGUUUCUGGGCCACGGUUCUGAACCUCGCCUCCAUCGCCGUCAUCUUCUACAUCCAGUACAUUGAACACUGGCGAUCGCGUCAGGCCAAUGGAGUCGUCCUGGUCUUCUGGCUGUUGCUCCUCGUUGCAUACGCCGUCAAGAUGCGUUCCUUGGUCUCGCAACAGUUAUACCGCACCGAACUACCUUAUUUUGUCACCUUCGCCGUCAGCGUCGCUUUGGCCGCCCUCGAGUUCGGCCUGGAGUGGCUUGUGUCCAAGCGUUUGAGUGAUUACGAUGCUCUUGGAGACGAAGACGAGUGCCCCAUGGAGUACGCCAAUGUCUUUUCUAUCCUUACCUUCUCCUGGAUGACUCCGAUGAUGAAGUAUGGGUACAAGAAUUUCUUGACCCAGGAUGAGCUAUGGAACCUUCGCAAAAGAGAUACAACCGCCGCGACUACCCAAGCCUUCAACGAGGCUUGGGAGCAAGAGUUGGAAAAGAAGAAGCCUAGUCUUUGGAUUGCUCUCGCUCGGGGCUUCGGUGGUCCAUACGUCCGUGGUGCAAUGAUCAAGACCAUCUCGGACGUGCUGGCCUUCGUUCAACCUCAACUUCUACGUCUUUUGAUCUCAUUCGUUCAUUCGUACCGUACUGAUUCACCUCAGCCUCCUAUCCGUGGAGCCGCCAUCGCUCUUUCUAUGUUCGCUGUAUCAGUCUCUCAAACACUUGCCCUGCACCAAUAUUUCCAGAGAGCAUUUGAGACUGGUAUGCGCAUUCGCUCAUCCUUGACCGCGGCCAUUUACCACAAGUCUAUGCGUCUCUCGAAUGAGGGUAGAGCAUCAAAGUCCACAGGAGACAUCGUCAAUUACAUGGCUGUCGAUACUCAGCGUCUUCAGGAUCUCGCACAGUAUGGUAUGCAGCUGUGGUCUGCGCCUUUCCAAAUUACGCUGUGUAUGAUCUCGCUCUACCAGCUUGUAGGACUGAGCAUGUUCGCUGGUGUCGGUGCCAUGAUUGCUAUGAUUCCCAUCAACGGUGUCAUCGCACGUAUCUCGAAGAACUUGCAAAAGAAGCAGAUGAAGAACAAGGACUCCAGAACGCGUUUGAUGACUGAGAUCCUGAGCAACAUGAAGUCCAUCAAGCUUUACGCCUGGACCACCGCAUUCAUGAACAAGUUGAACUACAUCCGUAACGACCUGGAGCUCAACACUCUUCGCAAGAUUGGCGCUUCCAUGGCUCUGGCGAACUUCACCUGGUCGACUACUCCGUUCUUCGUAUCCUGCUCAACCUUUGCUGUCUUCGUCCUCACCGGCAACACACCGCUGACAACAGACAUUGUCUUCCCUGCGUUGACACUGUUCAACCUCCUUACCUUCCCUCUGGCCAUCCUGCCCAUGGUUAUCACCUCCAUCAUCGAAGCAAGUGUCGCCGUCAACCGCCUGACAGACUUCUUUGUUGCACCCGAGUUGCAGCGUGACGCUGUGCUCAAGUACGAUGCAGUCACUGAGCGUGGCGAAGAAGCUGUCCGCAUUCGGGAUGCCACAUUCACCUGGAACAGCAACGACACCCGCAACGCUCUCGAGAACAUUUCUUUCUCUGCUCACAAGGGCGAACUUUCUUGUGUUGUUGGCCGUGUUGGAGCAGGCAAGUCUUCCUUCCUGCAAACCCUUCUGGGAGACCUUUACAAGAUCAAGGGUGAGGUGAUCCUGCGUGGAAAAGUGGCCUAUGUUGCCCAAUCUCCUUGGGUCAUGAACGCUAGCGUCAGAGAAAAUAUCGUCUUCGGUUACCGUUGGGAUCCCCAGUUCUACGAAAAGACUGUUCAUGCUUGCGCUCUGAAGGAGGAUUUCGCAUCUCUGCCAGAUGGCGAUCAGACUGAGGUUGGUGAACGUGGAAUAUCUUUGUCCGGCGGACAGAAAGCUCGUUUGACUUUGGCCCGGGCUGUCUAUGCUAGAGCAGAUGUUUAUCUUCUUGAUGAUGUUUUGUCCGCCGUCGAUCAGCAUGUCGGAAGACAUCUGAUCGAUAACGUGCUAGGCCCUAAUGGUUUGCUGAGUGGAAGAACAAGAAUCCUGGCUACGAACUCUCUUCCGGUCUUGAUGGAAGCCAACUACAUUGUCCUCUUGCGUGAGGGCCGCAUCUUGGAACGUGGUACCUACGAACAACUCAUGGCUAUGAAGGGAGAAAUCUCUCAGCUCAUCAAGACUGCUAGCAAUGAGGAGUCUCAAAGCGAGUCGCAGAGUGAAGCACAAGACAGCGAUGACUCGGCCACUGUCUUCGAAACCGAUCCAAACUCUGCGACAGGCGAACUGGAGAUCACGCAGGCCGAAGAAGGCGAGACCCAACUUGCCCCCAUCAACACCGGUGGUGGUCGUCCAGCUCGCAGGGCCAGCGGACUCUCCUUACGUCGUGCAAGCACUGCAAGUUUCGCCGGACCCCGUGGUAAGCUCACAGAUGAGGAAGGCACUGCCGGCGUCAAAAGCAAACAGAACAAAGAGUUCUCCGAACAAGGUAAGGUCAAGUGGUCUGUCUACACGGAAUACGCCAAGACUAGCAACCUAGUCGCUGUUGCCAUCUACAUUGUUACUUUGGUUGGAGCUCAGACUGCUCAGAUCGGUGGCAGUGUCUGGCUCAAGAACUGGUCCGAGAUCAACGGCAGAUAUGGCGGUAAUCCUCAUGUAGGAAAGUACAUCGGCAUUUAUUUUGCAUUUGGUAUCGGCUCCGCUGCCCUUGUCGUUGUACAGACACUUAUUCUGUGGAUAUUCUGCUCAAUUGAGGCCUCGCGUAAGCUUCACGAACGAAUGGCCUAUGCUAUCUUCAGAUCGCCUAUGACCUUCUUCGAGACUACCCCCGCCGGACGCAUUCUGAACCGCUUUUCAAGUGACAUUUACCGCAUCGAUGAAGUCUUGGCUCGUACUUUCAACAUGCUCUUCGUCAAUUCGGCGCGAGCUCUCUUCACCCUGGUCGUCAUCUCAUUGUCCACGCCGGCCUUCAUCGCGCUGAUUGUGCCACUGGGUGGAGUCUACCUCUACAUCCAAAGAUACUACCUCAGAACUUCACGUGAACUCAAGCGUCUGGACAGUAUCAGCCGCAGUCCAGUGUAUGCUCACUUCCAGGAAUCCCUGAGUGGUAUCAGCACAAUUCGCGCUUACCAGCAAAGCAAGCGCUUUGCCAUGGAGAACGAAUGGCGUGUUGACGCUAAUCUUCGGGCAUACUUCCCUUCUAUCAACGCGAAUCGCUGGCUGGCAGUCCGUCUUGAGUUCAUUGGUUCGGUCAUCAUCCUUGCUGCCGCCGGUUUCGCAAUCAUCUCGGUUUCCACUGGCAGCAGCCUAUCUGCCGGCAUCGUCGGUCUGUCUAUGUCUUAUGCGUUGCAGAUCACUCAGUCGCUCAACUGGAUUGUGCGCCAGACCGUCGAGGUGGAAACCAACAUUGUGUCAGUUGAGCGCGUCCUGGAAUACGCACGUCUGCCCAGCGAAGCACCUGAGAUCAUCUCAAAGCACAGGCCGCCAGUGAGCUGGCCUUCCAAGGGUGCAGUUUCGUUCAACAACUACAGCACUAGAUACCGCGAGGGACUCGAUUUGGUUCUGAAGAACGUUAACCUCAGCAUCAAAUCACACGAGAAGAUUGGUGUUGUGGGUCGAACAGGUGCCGGCAAAAGUUCUUUGACUCUUGCUCUUUUCCGCAUCAUAGAGCCCACCGAGGGUGAUAUCACGAUAGAUGAUCUGAGUACUAGCUCCAUUGGUUUGUUGGAUCUGAGAAGAAGGCUUGCUAUCAUUCCUCAAGAUGCGGCUCUCUUCGAAGGCACGAUUCGUGACAACUUGGAUCCAGGUCACGUCCAUGAUGACACUGAGCUCUGGAGUGCUCUAGAUCACGCGCGCCUAAGGGAUCACGUGUCGAGCAUGUCCGGAGGCCUUGAUGCUCAGAUUCACGAAGGCGGAUCCAAUCUGAGUCAAGGCCAGCGCCAACUCGUUUCUUUGGCGCGUGCGCUGUUGACGCCGAGCAACAUCUUGGUGCUUGACGAAGCAACUGCCGCUGUUGAUGUGGAGACGGAUGCAUUGUUGCAGACCACACUCAGAAGCAACAUGUUCAAGGAUCGGACGAUCAUUACGAUUGCGCACCGUAUCAACACGAUUCUGGACAGCGAUCGCAUUGUGGUACUUGACCACGGACGAGUGGCUGAGUUCGAUACGCCAUCCGAAUUGGUCAAAAAGAAGGGCCUGUUUUACGAACUGGUACGAGAGGCCGGCCUACUUGGUAGUGUCGACAUCAGCAGCGCGGUGGAGUAG